UGAGUUGUAGACGGCGGUCGGCGGCGAACGGACGUUUUGACGCGGUCGACUCAGCGCGGUCAACCUCUUCGAUACGCGAUCGCGAUGUAGAACGCUAGUCAGUGUCCGAUCAUAAGUGAACUCUUAGCUUUGUAGAAAUCAGUAGGAUCAUAGAACGCAGUUUAGUGAACGUCUGACCGAGGAUUAUAGCGAGGAAUCUCCGAUCAACUCAGAAACAUGGUUGAUUGUGACUACGACAUCUUGAGUGCAACGUUGGAAAUGCUACCAGUGCCUGCAGCUAGAUGGCUGGAUUGAAUUGUUCAGGUUCCAGAGCGUAGUCUGCUUAGGAAGUGGAAGAGACAUUUAGUUGACAACAUUAGAAUAGUCUCCCUAUAAACUAAAGUAACGUAGACAGAAGUAACGUAAGUUAACUGGAGUAACGUAGUCUGUUUACGAAGUGGAAGAGACAUACAGUUGACAACAUUAGAGUAGUCCCCUAUAAACUUAAGUAACGUAGACAGUUGACUAUAUCAGAGUAGUCUCUCUACAACGUAAACUAGACAGUUGAACACAUCAAAGAAUUUGAUAGAUUUUGCUAUUUUGAAUAUGGUAUUUUCCUAUAAAUAAACGUAUAAGCCAAAACAGUAUAGUUUCCCUACAAACUUAAGUAGGCAGUUGAAUACUUCAGAGUAGACACUUUACUACAAGUGACUAAAAGUAGUAGUCAUCGUGAUUGUGAUUAUUUUAUUGAAUAGAAUUUUUGAGGAGAAAUUCCCUGAAUGAAGAGUAUGAACAGCUGAUUAUUUCAGGUGGUCAUGAUGACGGUAUUGGAUUAGAUUGUUGAGGACGUUCCCUAGUAGAGAUAGACAGCUAAAUCUUCAUCAUGUUCAAGAUAAAGAUAUUGGAUUGAAUAUUGUGAUAAGUUCCCUAGAAGGAAAAGUGAUAGCUGCCUCUCUCUCAAGGUUGAGGUUAGAAUGUAAGGAUCAGAUGCUAAGAUGGAGAGAGUGUAGUUAGUUUUCUUGGAAGAAAAAGUAGUAAACAGCUGACUCUUCCUCAAGGUUAGGAUGGAGGGAUAAAUUAUUGUUAAAGUGGUGAGAGUGUGAUUUCCUUGGGCGGGAAAAUUAGUAAAUAUCUGAUAAUUGCUCAAGGUUAUGAUGGAUGAACUGUUGAGGUGGUGAGAGUGUAAUUUCCGUGGACGGGAAACGUUGUAAACAGCUGACUCAUCCUUAAGGCUAGGAUGAAGGGAUGAAUUAUUGUUAAAGUGGUGAGAGUGUGGUUUCCUUGGACGGGAAAACUAGUAAACAGCUGACUCUUCCUCAAGGUUAGGAUUGAGGGAUGAAUUUUUGUUAAAGUGGUGAGAGUGUGACCCCUUGGACGGGAAAACUAAUAAACAGCUGAUAAUUCUUCAAGGUUAGGAUAAAAGGAUGAAUUAUUGUUAAAGUGGGGAGAGUGUGGUUUCCUUGGACGGGAAAACUAGUAAACAGCUGAUAAUCCCUCAAGGUUAUGAUGGAUGAACUGUUGAGGUGGUGAGAGUGCAGUUUGGCGAUGAGUGUCGGCGUGCUAGCGUAGACGCGCGUGCGAGCGUGAUGUGAUGCUGAGAUCGCCGCGUGCUGACGCGACACCCCCCGCACCCCCGCCACCGGGCACCCCUACCUCCCCCACUCCUCCUCAAGACCCCAAGGACAAGGAUCGGCCCCGCAAGAAGCUGUCAUUCCGUGAACCCGAGAUCAUGGGCUACUAUAUGCAGGUGAAGCAGGGUGUCACCUCCCGUCUCACCCGGAAAGGCAAGAAGCCGACGUCUCCUGCCUCCUCAUCGUCCACCGCCUCCUCCUCAGCCAACAAGUCGACCUCUGAUCAGGCAUCGGCCGUCGCGACGCCUUUUGAGCGCACGGCUGAGAGUGAUGAAGACGCUGAACUUGAGAGUCAGGCUAUGCGUAUAGUGCGAACAGUGGGUCAGGCGUUCGAGGUGUGUCACAAGCUGUCGGCGUCGCCGCCCCACGAGGAUGACGAGGAUGAAGAGGCGGAGACCGCCCCCAGUGAUCGCGACAGUGAGCCGCCUUCGCACACUGACAUUUCCAGAAAAGAUCGACUAGUGGAAGUGGGAGACGACAGACAAGACUCGCUGUCAACCCUGGACGCUCACUCGGAGCCGACCACCCCGGCCGCUGUGCAGAGGCCACUCCGACUGGACAUCAUUCCACCUCCGCCCCAGCCGUCGCUAAAUAUGCGCAAAUCACCUCUGAGUGGUGGAGAAACGUACACGUCACCGCUGAGUGAGCCGCUGAAGAGCGGGACAGAGAGUGUGUUGCCUACCGCAGGCACACCGCUCAGUGCACAUCACGAGCUGCAGCUGUUGAGGGAACAGCUGGAUCAGCAGAAUCAGCAGACGGCGGCAGCUGUGGCUCAGGUGCAUCUACUCAGGGACCAGCUGGCAGCUGAGACCGCGGCCCGGCUCGAAGCACAGGCUAGAACUCAUCAGCUGCUGGUGCAUAAUAAAGAACUUCUGGAUCAUAUCACAGCGUUGGUCGGGCAUCUACAGGAACAGGAAAGGCUACAACAAGUAACAGCGGUGCCUCAGCAGCAGCAGCAACAGCAGACGGUCAUGUGUGAUCCGCAGACGCCGUCUGUCGGCCCCGUCUUCCUGCCCGACUUCCAGGAGAUGGAAGCCCUGCGUCAGCUGACGGCAAGUCAGAGCAUGAUCGAGAACCGGUCCGUGACGCCGGGUCAGUUCAGGCCAGCCGUCAUGCCAAAUGUCUUCAACUUCGGAGCUCCGGAUCCACAGUUUCAACAACAGCUUCAAGCGCAGCUGAUCCAAAGGCUGCAGAAUUUGAGUGGGGGAUAUUCGAGGGGACUGUACCAGCAACAGAUGAGUGGAUUGUCCUACCAGACACAGACUGUACCCCAACCGCACGGCUCCCCGCAACAGAUCAGUUUCCGCGUGUCGCAGGCCUCCUCCUACGCGGGCUCCCCUGUGUUACCCCACCGAAAACCACCCCAAGAUCCUCCCCAGGAGGAAUCACCCUUUAUUAAACCUCUCUCCCAGGCUGGCACCCUAGCCACGACCGAAAUUGACGGUCGAACUAGGAUCAUAGUCGGUUCCGAUGAAGACCUAAAAUCCUCAAUUCCUCCCCGGUUAGAACCGCCCCCCUCGGCCAGCAAACGCAGCAAAGACUCCAAGUUGGCCACCGCCUUCUCUUCCCUCCAAGUGUCGCCCGAUGAGAGUGCGAGUCCCUCCAAGGGUCGGCCGAGUGCCUCGGUGAAUGGACCGUUCAUUACGCGGUCGACCAGUGAGAAAGUGCCCAAUCGAAGUGAACUUAUGUCUCAAGUACAGAGGACUGCAUGGGCUAGGCAUACCACCAAGUGAUCCUAUCCAACAAUCAAUUACACAGUUACAAUAUACCUACUCAGUCACUCAACAAUAUUUGUACCUGCCUGGGCCAGGCAUACUACCAAGUGAUCCUAUUUAACUUUCACAAUAUAUAUGUAGCCUACUUUCCUUCAACAAUAUUCAAAGCUAAGAUUGGAAUUGUAAGAGAUUGCUGCCAUUUUUCUUACUUUUUUCAUUCAACAUUUACACAUCAACAAUAUACUAUUCCACUCAACAAUAUUCAAAACAAAGUUAUAAAUGAAACAUCAGAAUUAUGUGUCAAUUGAGAUCUAGCCGAAGAUAACCACCAACAAGAGAUUUCCUACAUAGAUCUUCUCUCGUUUUUCUCACUUUUUCCUACUCAACAAUCACAGUUACAAUUCUCACUGAUAAUAUUGAAAAUUCGAAUUGAAAAAAUCAAACACAAAAAUGCAAUAUUAACUUAUGUGACAGUUGAGAUUAUGCCAAAGAGAAUCAUGUCAUGUGAGAGCCACUAUGAUAAGGUGCCAAUUGAGAUUAUGCUCUCCAAUUAAAAUACACCAUCUUUGUAUGUACCGUAUCCAUAACGACAUUUACACUUUGACUUGAAACUGGACAUAUUUUUUCGAUUCCCAACUUUUUUACAUUAGUCAUCCUAAUACGUUAUCAACACUAACAAUAACUAUCCCUUAAUCAUUGAGAAUCAGUAUUGUUUCUGUUUAAUAUUAUAUAUUUUUCACAUUUUCAAUCUCGGUAAAGUAGGCCUAUACAUGAAUAUAUAUUCCAGUCGUUUUUCAACAAAAUAUGAGCCAUUAGUGUUUCACGUGAGUUCUACUUCACCGUUUUCAUAGUUUUCAAAGUAAGUACUAAGUUGAAAAUCUAUAAAGAUUUACAGUACCGGUAGUCCAAAGGCCUGGAGUAACAUUCAUCCAAAAAUGAUCCAGCAAAAAAUUUGGUAAACAGUGAGUCAAUUUGUCAUUCAAUUGAGAUCAUAAUCAUGUUGCAAAGUUCUGAAAUAUAAAUGUUGUAUUCUAUGUAUUGGCUCUGGUCAACUUCAACUAGCAUGAAAUAACUAAACUGAUGUUUAAAAUGAGCAUAACAUGAUUAAACUGAUGUUUAAAAUGAGCAUAACAUGAUUAAACUGAUGUUUAAAAUGAGCAUAACAUGAUUAAACUGAUGUUUAAAAUGAGCAUAACAUGAUUAAACUGAUGUUUAAAAUGAGCAUAACAUGAUUGAACUGAUGUUUUAAAUGAGCAUAACAUGAUUAAACUGAUGUUAAAAAUGAGCAUAACAUGAUUAAACUGAUGUUUAAGUUAGAACUGUGACUUGUUAAUGUGUAGGUAUGACUGAAGAAUGAGUGUAAUCUGCGAUAGUCGCUGUUAUUUCAAUAUUUAGAUUUAAGAAUUGAAUUGUGUUCGGAAUCCAGAUUGUAUUUUAGAAUUAUGCUUUAAUUUAUACUUCUUAAAACUUUCCAUGAAAGUUUCUAAACGAUUGUUACUGAGAAGCAACUAUGUAAGCUUUUGAAGUUGUAUCAAUAUUCAUAAGUUUAUCAACUUAUGAAACUUUAAAACUUAGCAUAUGAAUACCAAUUUAUUGUUUUUACCUUGUUUCAUUAGAGAAAAAACCAUGUUUGUUUAGGUAGCUAGUAUUUUAUAUUUGAUCGUUUCUCGUUGUUUAAAAAUGUUUCAUUUUCAUCUUUCAAUUGAACUUGAAUAUUCUAUUAGUAGCCAAGUCAACUAAACUGAACGAACUGUUCUAGCUGUACAGUAUUCAAAUUUCAAAACCUCAACAUUCUUCUUGUAUUAUUUUUUCAGGUUCGUUGAUAUUUGUGGUAGCCUAUUUUAUUUCAAAACCCACGUGAACUGCCAAUUCUUUACACACAUUAUUAAGAGAAUGCAUAGUAGGCUGCUACAAUUUAAACAAAAAAAGGAAAUUGAUUUAAUCAUUCUAGUACUGUACUACAAUACUCUGUGCCAAUCAAAUUGAGAACCUUAUGAGCAUUUUUUGUAAUUUUUCAUCAUUAUGAAUUAUAAUAAUUGAUACAGACAAUUUUAUAAGUAAUUUCCCACCUUACUCACUACUUCAAGUUAUAUCUAUCCAUCUGCGCAAGAGAGAGGGAGGUAACUCUUCUUCUUGAAUUUCUUCCAAAUAUAUACAAACAUACAUACUCCUAUAGUGUGGUCCACGUUAUAAUGGCUGUGUUUGAUUAGCAAUGGUAUUGAUAUCCUUGUCUAUCAUUCAACAAAGCAGAUAGCGCUACCCUUUUCUAGCCCCGCAACGUGAUCAACGCAGAUGUUGAUUUCUCACUUCUAUAGUGAUGUCCACGUUAUAAUGGCAGUGUUUGAUUAGCAAAGCAGCAAAAAAGCAGAUUACAAAGCAGAUAGCGCUAUCUCUUUCCCGCUUUGCUCUGUUGCCAAAUCGUCUUUUAACAAUGUUGAAUUGAUAAUUUAUUAACAAAAUAUUUCAUCUUAAUCAUUGAAAUUCAUUAUGAAAUUAUUGGAAAAUGUAACUUCUUGCUUGAUAAAAUAAUAAUUGAUUUUUUUAAACGAGAAUAAACACUUAAUAUUACACCAAUAUACCUGUAUCAGCAACCGUCUAUAGAAGGAAUUGACAAGACUGAGGAUCGGCAAAGUUGUUCUCCUAUCUUUCUCCACUGCCGUUAUAACGUGGACCUCACUAUAAUAAUGUGAUGUUGUUUUAGAAAUAUUUUCAAUCUUGACUUUAUCAUUUAUUUAAGAUUCAUUUUGAAAAAAAAAACAUAUUUUGAAGAAUUAUUCAGUUAAUUGAAGUAACAAUCCCACGCAUUUUCUUUGAGGUAACAAAUUACAGAAUAGAAUUAGAUUCAAAGGGAUUGUUUUGUGUGAAUUUUUUACUCCGUAUCACUUUUCUUUAUAUAUUUAUCAUGUUUUUGGAAAUUAUCUCACAAAUUGUUGAUGCAUUUGGUUAUCCAUAAAUCUUUGUUAAGGUUGAAUUGCUGACAUGUUUUCUACUUGCAUAGUAUAUUUUUUGUAAACUUUUAUCAAAAGCUGAAUUUUAUAGGAGCAUAUGUUAAUGAAAUGAUUGUUAUGUAUUGGAAUUGUGAAUUCCAACCUGACAAUUGUCAUGGAAUUUGUGAAAAGCUACCUGGUUGCACCUUUAUAGCAAUAAAUGUAUUUUUCAUAAA